UGACGCUAUCGCUUCAGGAGGAACGUUGUUGUUUUUGCGGUCACAUUUUGAAUGUGUGCUAAACUAAAGCCUGCCCCCUCCUCCCCGCCUCCAGGCUCACGGUAAGAGGGCAGAGACAGAGCAGAUCCAGCCGCCGAUAGUUGUUUUGAACAGGCUCCUCGCGGAACUUUCUCUUUACCUCCAACUUUAAAAGGGGUUAAACAGGUUUUACUAACCACUAGCUUAUCUAAAGCAGUGCCGCGAAAAGACGCUUGGUGUAGCCGCUCUGAACGUUAGCUUAACCACCAUGGUGUCUCUGACAUCCGCAAUAAGACCCCUCGCUGCUCAGCUCCACCGACAGCUCGUCAGACGGGCCAGGAGUCACCGGAUAACAGCCGUCAGGAGAUGCAACCUCUCGGCGUGCUCCAGCAAAUAUGUCCUGUCUCAGAUGCAUCCCAUGUGGCAGGGACCCCUCGCGGUACCAGGAGGGGCUUGUCAGUCUCCCAUCGACAUCGUUGUGCGAAAGAGCGUCUUCGAUUCGGAGCUGAAGCCUCUGGUCACCAAUUAUGACCCUUACACCUGCCAACAGAUCUGGAACAACGGUUACUCCUUUCUGGUGGAGUAUGAUGACACUACAGACAAGUCCACGCUGAAAGGAGGCCCCCUGCAAGACAAAUACAGGUUGUGCCAGUUCCACUUUCACUGGGGUGAGAGCAACGCCUGGGGGUCAGAGCACACCGUGGACAGGAAGCUGUUCCCUGCAGAGCUCCACUUGGUCCACUGGAACUCUGACAAGUACAGUUUGUUUGAGGAGGCAGUGAUGGAGGAGAACGGAUUGGCUGUUAUCGGAGUCUUUCUCAAGGUGGGAAAGAGGCACGAGGGGCUGCAGAAACUGGUAGAUGCUCUGCCUGCUAUCAGACACAAGGACAGUGUGGUGGAGUUUAACAGGUUCGACCCGGCCUGUCUGUUACCCACCAACACUGACGACUACUGGACCUACCACGGCUCUCUGACCACCCCCCCCCUCACAGAGUCUGUGUCCUGGAUCGUUAUGAAGCAGCAUAUAGAAGUCAGCCAUGACCAGCUGGCGGUCUUCCGGAGCCUUCUUUUCACCUCGGCUGAGGAGGAAGUACAGAAGAGCAUGGUGAAUAACUUCCGUGUGCAGCAGUCUCUCUGCGGCCGCACCGUCCGCUCUUCCUUCUCUCCGUUCCUUCAGGAGAUGCCGUCAGCUGAAGGCGACCAGCACACACACUGACCUGCUGGAGCCACAACACACAGUAACACACAGCAUGACCACCGCUACACACAGUGACCGUACCACAACUGUCCAGACCCCCUCACUUACUGCAGAUCUGCAAUUAAAACAAACUGUAUUUAUUUUAACAAAAAGUUAACCAUUUUACAAGGAGGAUGUAGGGAUUCUUCUGGUUCUGGGUAAUUGAGUCAUUUUAAGAGUUUUAUUUCAGAUUUUGGUUUGAGUGUUGCUGGCGAUUAACCAAUAAGGGAUGGGUGCUGUGGGGAAAAUCUGUAGUUUUACUGACUUUAUUCAUUGUAUUUAUUGUACAUUUUACAGUUCAUGUAGGUACUUUACAUGGAGUGUGUAGCUGCAGCUCAGUGUAGAGGAGAGCUGAACUGAGGUAGUAAGUGAACAACACUGUGUGCUGGCCACAGUCAGUAUUACUGCUCUGACUUCUUAACGGUGAUGGGGAUGUUUUUAUCCAUAUAAGGAGGCUGCAGCUGCUGCUAGUUUACAGCAGAAAGCACAGGAGAUUUGAACAGACUGGAGUGUGUCUCUCCACAACAAUACAUGAUAUAUCUUCAAUCAUCAAGGGCUUUUUAAAAAAAUACUGCAUGGUGGAUUGUUGGGUUUAUCAUUGAUUUUUAUUUUCAUCAAUGCAUUAAUACGAUGAUUAGAAUGUAUAUUUUCCUAAUCUGUCACAAAGAGAUUAUACUGUAUUCUAGGCAAGGGGGGGGAAUGAUUCUCCAAUCGCAAACCCCAGCUCAGACCCUGAGCCAUGGUUUGGUCCAUAUCUUUUUAUUUUAUUUUAUUUUUGGCAAAUGAGGGAGGGGGAGUUAUUAAGGCAACUACAAGACACUUUAACAACACUAAAGAACCCCCAAUCUCAGGCAGAUUCAUUUUGGAUUAGCCUUUAUCAUCAGGAAUAACCCAAUACUUCCAAACGGGGACAGAGGCUUUUUACUUUUAAUAGUCCUGCGUGUCGUUCCUCAGGUCAUCUGCCUGUUACACCUACAGUCAUGGAAAAUAUUUUAGACCACCUUGUUUUCUUCAGUUUCUUGUUAGUUUUAAUGCCUGGUACAACUACAGGUACACUUGUUUGGACAAAUAUAAUGAUAAUAUAAUGACACAAAAUUGCUCAAAAGAGUUUAAUUUAAGAGCUGAUAUCUAGACAUUUCCAUCGUUUUCUUGAUAAUGAUUUUGGUUAUUAUAAAAAUAACCAUGAAAAAUGUCUAGAUAUCAGCUCUUAGUACAGGAGGAACAAUGGGGAGUAAAGUACUUUUUUUUUUAACAGUUUAUAUAGAAGCACAUUUGAAGGUUUUUAGACUUCUGUUUGCUAUUUUAUAGCAUUUCAGGUUUGCUUCCAAGUUUAAAUGGAAAAAAAGGAAAAUGACAAUGUAUCACACUGCAUAGCAAAGCACUCCCACUUCAUUUCUACAACCUUGACCACAAAAGAAGUUGGAAGAGUGUAAAAUAUAAAUUAAACAGAAUGUGAGUGUGUAUCCUUUGUGAUAUAUUCAACUUAAAACUGCACAAAGACAAUGUAUAUAAUGUUUUACCUCACCAUCUUUAUGGAUGUUUGUAAAUAUAUGCUUAUUCUGAAUUUGAUAUCGGCAAAGCAUUUAAAAAAAGCUGGGACAGGGUCAAUAAAAGACAGAGAAAGCUGCAGAAUGCUCAAAACACAUGUUGAUGAAACAUUCCACAGGUAAACAGGUUCAUUGGUAACAGGUGAGAGAAUCACUAUUGGGUAUAAAAGAGACAUUCCCAAAAGGCUCAGUUGUUCACAAGCAAGGAUGGAGCAGGUUCACCACUGUGAAACCACAAUUUAAUUUAAGAACUGAUAUCUAGACAUUUCCCAUGGUUUUCUUGAUAAUGAUUUUGUUUCUUACCAAUAAACCAUGUUAAAUGUCUAGAUAUCAGCUCUUAAAUUAAACUCUUCUCAGCUAGUCUUGUUGUUAUCAUUAUAUUUGUCCAAACAAAUGUAGCUUUAGUUGUACCAGGCAUUAAAAUGAACAAGAAACUGAAGAAAACAAUGGUCUAAUAUUUUUUGUCCAUGACUGUAUAGAGACUAACCUCUGGUGGUGGGUGCAGUUGUGUCGAUAUACAGACUGAAGGAGCAGCGUCUGUAUUCCUAAAUAAUAUCCUAUCAUUCCUAUAAUAUCUUGGUAUACUGUGAUACCGCCCAAGCCUAGUCACACAUUACAUAUACGGCAGCUGAUGAUGGGAUAUAAACAAUAACAAAGAUGGUGCAUUUAAUCUCCGUCCACAGAUAAUAUGGAUGGAGUGUGUUCAAUACUCCUUUUACAGAGGCUUUCUUGAAAAGUAAAGAGCUUGGGAUUACAACCAUCUGAGAACCAUGUCUCUGUUUCAGAACUGUUACACACCUUCUAUAUACACCAUCCGAGCAUUCAUGAAUCAUUGUUUCUUGACAGUAUGUGUCAAACAUCCUUCACAUACAGUAGAGUUUCAAAGCAGCUCUACUGAGCCUUGGCUCUUCUACUUUCCUCUUAAACACAUUUAAGGCGGGAAAGCAUUAUCUCAUUUCUACCAUUAAAACCGGGGGCGCUGUUGUGUUAUUCUACCAUUAAAGCCGGGAAAGCGGAUACGUCGUUUUGUAGUAUUUGUAGUUUUUUCCACCUAUUUUCGGUCUCUUGGUCAAUGAAAUGCAUCAGAAUACAUGUGGGAGUGUCGCAAUGCAACAUGGGAACUUAUAAAUCAUGGCGGAAGAAAAUCGCCCAGAGGUUUUACAGGUUUUUAGGGCUAAAUGGGAUAAUAGAUGGUACUAAUAUGCACACAGGGUAGGUUUCUGUAGCACACUCAUUUUAAGAAUAUUGUGAUUGAUGGAAGCAGUUCUCGUUAGGAGCACUAUACCCACAGUGCCUUAAAUAUUCUCUGUGUGACUCACUGCUAUUGGCACAGCCGUGAUACAGGUCGCAGCGCAUGUUCAGGCACGAAAAGUAUCUCCGAGCCACGACUGUUGCAAAAAGCUGUGGCUGCCCGUAGUAACAGCCAAGGCUCAGCUGACGUUUACUAUUUCCCUCACCUGAUUCAUCAGCAGAGCUUCCACAACAUACCGAGUCAACUUCUAAACCAUGUGUGGAGGGAACUGAUGUCUUCAUUAGUCUGUUUGUGUGUUAAUGUUGAUCAAAAUAACACUAUAAGACAUCAACUUUUACUGUUUUGGUUUGGGAAAGUGCUUCAAGAGUUCCAAAUACUGUUAACAAACAGCAGCCUCGUGUGUCAUGUCGCCUGUCUAGUAAUGUCUAAAAAUAUGUUUGGCUUUCACUAUAGAGAGCUGAAGUCAUGGGGUCAUGAAAAUUAAGUCUGUUUACUUUCCACAUUCAAAGUCAAAUUGGCAUCCACCACAGCAGCUGCUUUCAGGAAUCAAGGCCUGUGUAAUUGUAUUAAGGUUAAAUGUCUUCCUUUAGCACAGCAAAUAAACAACAACAUGCAAGUAAGUUUCUUCCACU